UUGGAGAAGGACCAACGCCUUGCGGGACACCAUGAAGCUCAUCCUCCUCUCCUGCUGCCUGGCGAGCAUGUCCCUCGCGGCCACCGUCACCACCACGACCCCUACGCCCAGGAUCCUGAAGGACUCGCGCCUGAGCCCCCAGCAGGACGGCAGCUACAGCCUCGACGUCGAAACGGAGGACGGUCUGCGCAGAGUGGAGGCCAGCGACGGGGCGAAGGUGCAGGGGGCGCACAGAUUCGUUCAUCCCGACGGCACUGUUUCGGAAAUCAAGUUCGUGGCUGACGAAUUCGGCUACCGAGCUGUGGGCGCUCUGCUGCCAACACCCCCGCCCAUGCCCGCCCAUGCCCUCGCCCAAAUCGAAGCUGCUAGACUCCAGAGGGAGGAAGCGGCUCGCCUUGAUGCUGCUAACCAAGGUUCCCGGGGCGUUCGGAGAUAGUCUGGGUGCUUCGAAACUCCGAAGCUUCGAUUACGAAAUCAAGCGAGUAUCGUGUGAAAAAAAUAAUCAAAAGCUGGCAACUCAUCGCAGCCUCUGGAGUAUUCUGAUUCGAUAAGUUUUUUUUUUUUUUUUUCUUAAGUGUGUGUGUAUGUGUACACACACAAAUAUAUAUAUAUAUAUAUAUAUAUAUGCACACACACACACACACACAC